CAUUGGUAUCUAAUAUUUCACGAUCUCAAGACCAAAAUAAAGAUAAAAACAUUGGAUAAUCACUGCAUUUUAAAAGGAAUUUCACAUUAGAUCUUGUAGAAACUAAUUUUCGCGUCACCAUGAACAUGAAGAAAAAGGUCCUCCUCAUGGGGAAAUCCGGCUCAGGGAAAACAUCAAUGAGAUCCAUCAUAUUUGCCAACUAUAUUGCUCGGGAUACUCGACGUCUGGGAGCCACAAUCGAUGUCGAGCACUCCCACGUUCGUUUCUUGGGGAAUUUAGUGCUAAAUUUGUGGGAUUGUGGCGGUCAGGAGUCGUUUAUGGAACAAUAUUUCGCGUCGCAGAAGGAUAACAUCUUCCGAAACGUCGAAGUACUGAUUUAUGUGUUCGAUGUGGAAAGUAGGGAACUCGAUAAGGACAUGCACUAUUACCAAUCAUGUCUGGAGGCGUUGCUGCAAAAUUCGCCAGAGGCCAAAAUCUUUUGUCUCGUCCACAAAAUGGAUCUCGUGGCGGAGGAACAACGCGAUAUAAUCUUCAAAAAGCGCGAAGAUGAUCUGAAGCUGCUGUCGAAACCGCUGGAGUGCACGGCUUUUCGCACGAGUAUCUGGGACGAGACCCUUUAUCGUGCCUGGUCCAGUAUCGUGUACCAACUCAUCCCGAACGUCAAAGAUCUGGAGAAUUCUCUCACGUAUUUCGCGAAUAUCGUCGAUGCCGACGAGGUUUUACUCUUCGAACGUGCCACAUUUUUAGUCAUUUCGCAUUGCCAACUGAAGCCGCACAAGGAUGCGCAUCGUUUCGAGAAAGUUUCGAACAUCAUCAAGCAGUUCAAGUUGUCCUGCUCCAAGUUGGGCGCCAAAUUCCAAAGUAUGGAGGUGCGAAAUAGCUGUUUUGCCGCCUUCAUUGACACCUUUACGAGUAACAUGGUGGUCAUGGUGAUCAUGUCGGAUCCGGAAAUGCCGUCGGAAGCUACGCUGAUCAACAUCCGCAACGCCCGCAAACACUUUGAAGAGCUAGAAAAUAGAAAUAAGACAAAUGUGUCACAAUAUCACAAUCAAUAUCACACUCUCGAACGACCAAAAAGUUUAUGAAUUGGUUGUCGCAACUUUUGUUCAAAUACCUUCCAUGAUUAUUAAAUUUUGCUUGAUUAAGACUUUUGACGUUAUUUCCUACGUACAAUCAUUAGUCAAAAUAAA